CGCUGCCGCGCCUGCGCCUAGUGGUUGUGCGCCGGGCCGGCCGCCAUGCAGCAAAGUGGAGGUUAGGCGGCUGCAUCGCUUGCGGAGCGUGCAGUUUGGCGGCUUUACCGCUGCCGAAUGGCGGGCCGCGGCUGGAGGUGCGGGAUCGAGCAAGUGCUGUGGCUGCUCUGGAGCUGCUACUUUGCCGUUGUCUAUUCCGACGGCCCCGGGUUCAACGUCUACCUGAGCGUGGAAGAAAUGCGAAGGCUAAUUGGUAUUGAUGCAGAGUUGUAUUACGUGCGGAAUGAUGUUAUUAGUCACUAUGCGUUGCCUUUUAAAUUACUCGUACCGGGAGAGACCAACAGUCUUCAUUUUACAUGGCAUGCUAAAUCCAAGGUAGAAUACAGAUUGGGUUUUCAAGUGGAUGAUCCAGCAGCCAUGCAUAUACCUCAGACUAACAUCUCUAUACAAGGAGAGGUUCCACGCUCUGUAUCAGUAUUUAGAGUGGAUCUUUUAUGCACAGGAAAAUUGGAUUCAGAAGUCACCAUGGAAAUGCAGCUUAAUGUCACUAUUAACUCUGCAAAGAACAUAACAGUUCUCAACUUCAAAAGGAGGAAAAUAUGCUACAAAAGAUCUGAACAGGAAGAAAAAAAAUCUAUUUACCCUGGUAGAAACAAUAGCAAAACUGGCAGACCUACAUUUCAUGCGGUUCACAUUGCUCCCACCACCUCCACUCGUGUAUUCUACAUCAGUGUUGGAGUGUGUUGUGCAGUCAUAUUCCUGGUGGCAAUUAUAUUAGCUGUGCUGCACCUGCAUAGCAUGAAAAGAGUGGAAAUUGAUGAUAGUAUGAGUGAGAGUGGAAGCACGCAGGGCUUGUCACAGCCAUCCACGCAGACCACGCAGUAUCUGAGAGCAGACACACCGAACAAUGCAACACCUGUCAUCAGAAGUGAUCUGAAAGAACUUCCUGGGUGCAAUCCUGAAGAAGAAAGACAAAACAGUAUCACGCAAGUUUCCAAAAAAUCAGGUUACCCAACACUCCGGAUAGAAAAGAAUGAUCUUAAAAGUGUUACACUAUCAGAGGCAAAAGCUAAAGUGAAGGACAUAGCUAUCUCCAGAGAGAGGGUCACUCUCAAAGAUGUUCUUCAGGAAGGUACAUUUGGUCGUAUCUUUCUUGGAAUUUUAAUUGAUGAGAAAGACCCAAGUAAAGAAAAAUAUGUGUUUGCUAAAACAGUAAAAGACCAUGCUUCAGAAGUUCAAAUAACUAUGAUGUUGACAGAGAGCUGCAAACUGCGAGGACUUCAUCACAGAAACCUAUUGCCUAUCAAUCACGUUUGCAUUGAGGAUGGGGAGAGGCCCAUGGUAUUAUUUCCGUACAUGAAUUGGGGAAAUCUAAAGCUCUUCCUUCGACAAUGCAAGCUUGCUGAAGCCAACAAUCCACAGGCAAUAUCGCAGCAGGACCUUGUACAUAUGGCCAUUCAGAUCGCCUGUGGGAUGAGCUACUUGGCAAGGAGAGAAGUGAUUCAUAAAGACCUAGCUACAAGAAAUUGUGUCAUUGAUGAUGGUCUUCAGGUGAAGAUUGCAGACAACGCUCUAUCGAGGGAUCUCUUCCCUAUGGACUACCAUUGCUUAGGAGACAAUGAAAAUAGACCUGUUCGUUGGAUGGCACUGGAAAGUCUUGUCAACAGUGAAUUUUCAAGCGCAAGUGAUGUAUGGGCAUUUGGUGUUACACUGUGGGAACUAAUGACCCUGGGACAGACGCCAUAUGUCGAUAUUGAUCCUUUCGAGAUGGCAGCUUAUCUAAAGGAUGGUUAUAGAAUAACCCAGCCAAUCAACUGCCCAGAUGAACUGUUUGCAGUGAUGGCCUGCUGUUGGGCCUUGGAUCGGGAGGAGAGGCCCAAGUUUCAGCAACUGGUUCAGUGUCUCACUGAAUUUCACGCAGCCUUGGGUGCCUAUGUCUGAAAUCAUGGCUUUUAUUAGAUAUGAACUCUUCAACACUAACACCAGAUUUAAUUAUAGAAAUUAAGGAAAAGUAGGGGAGGUAAUUCUUCUGAAUAGUGUGCCUUGAAAUGCUUUCAUCAUUUGUUUUGUGAAUUAUCGAGUUCUCAUACAUAAUAGUACAGUAACAUGUUUCCCUGAAUGAGUUAGUAAUUGAAAUUCCUGGAGCACCCAAAUGUAAAGGAUUGAAAAGGCCCAGUAUCAGGGGAACAUUGCACUGUAUUCCUUCGCUUCUAUUGCCUUAUUCCUUUGGGAAAUGGGAUUUUCAAGACUGAAACACAUUUGGACAACACUUUGAAUGUCUGUUUCUCCUUUUUGAUACUACCAAUGUGUUGCUGAAGUUGUGAAGAAUUUGCCAGAUACUUCACUGCAGUAAAGCUUUGGUUUAUUCCCAAGAAUCCAGGUUCAUUCCUGUGUCUUGUGAAAUCCUAAGCCUCCGUGCACUUCCAAAUAUUUAUUUCCCUCUUGUGAGGCUGACAUUUUUUUAAAUGGAUGAGGUACCUGCUUGGCAAUGGGACAUGAAAUUUUGUCUUUUAUCUCAACACUAGGUACAUGGGUGUAAUUUUACAUUUUAGCACUUCCUGCCUCAAUAAAUUCUGUUUCCUGACCAACCAAUUACUGCAUGGUAAUUCACUAACCAGCUUCAGUAUGGAAAACUUUUAUGGUACGAGGUGAUUUGGAUAACAGGUUCAAAACCUUGCUUUGUAAAUCCAAACUUUGUAUGUAUUUUUCAAAAUUCAAUUGUUUACUGUUUACCAAGUAAUGUUCAUCUUUGUACAAUGUAAAAUGCAAAGGAUAUGAAUUAAUAAAGCAGAGAUAACCUACUGA